CUUAAACGACACGUAAUACAGACUAUUCAUUUUUGCUGUGUCGCGUUUUCAAUCGAAAAUGAGUUAUGGUACGGUGGUAAUGAAAAAUCUAGUAUUCCUGUUCGGUUACUUGUUUUUGGUGAAUGCUGAUGUAUAUUAUGCGCCGAGGAUCACGGAUAGCAUGCUAAGUUGUGAUGGCUUCGACAAUGACUACUUAAACUGUGAUGGCCUAUUGCUUGGCUCCCUUCAAGGCGAAGAAGGAGACGAUGCAGCGAAACUCAGCGGAUCCCUUGUAACAUUGCAGGAAAUUUUACCAGAACACGAGGUCAAAAUAGAAGUAUUUAAAAUGGCGGAUAUAAAAGAUGAGUUUAUGUACGAGUGCAUGUUCAAUUUAUGCGACAGUUUGCAAAACACUGAUUCACCGUGGUGGCCUGUUAUUGAGAAAUUGAAUGUCACUGAAUGUCCAGUCCCUAUGAAAACCUUCGAAGUUGACAAGUUGACGAUAUCUUUGGAACCGUUCAAAGAUUUCAUGUGUCAUGACUUUUGUGGGGAAUACCGCAUCCAAAUAUCUUUUAUGGAUGUCGCGGAUACGCUAUCCUGCCAUGUCCUCGAACUAUGUAUAGUAGAAUGCGAAGAUGAUGAAUGAAUUGAAAAUAAUAAAGAACAAAAAA